UUGUUUGUUAAUAGGAAGAGAAAGAUUAGCGGCAAAAAUAAGAGCGGCAACAUCUACUAGUACCUUUUUUCUUGGCAUAUACCAUUAGGUGAAUUUGAGAGGGAAAACGAUGGUGGAGGAGUUGUUCUUCUGGAAGGGAAGCAACAACCCAAACCCAAACCCAAACCCAUUUCAACAAUUUCAAAAUCACUCUAAUCUUCUUCUUCUCUCUGGUCCUCCUUCUUCUGGAAAGACUUCACUUCUCUUCCAAUUUGCAUUCAAUGUAGCAUCAUCUGCAAUUCAUUCCAACCCAAAUGUUGUCUUCAUCUGUAAUCAAAACAGAUUAGAUUCCAAACCCCCUUUUCUUUCUCAGGGUAUUGACCCAUCUUCUAAUGUCUUCCAACGUAUACAGAUGAAGUAUGUGAAUGAUGAUGAGGAUAUUAGGAAGUACUUUGCUGCCUUCCAUCUGUAUGAUACAUUGCCCAAAGCAGUUGUUAUUGAUGAUUUUGGAGAUUUCUUUGACAACAAGGUAUGCCAACAACGAUAUUCUAAUCCUCGCGGGCGAGACUUGGCCAUGAUCAAGAGUCUAGCGUUGUGCCACAAUGCUAUUAACUAUGCAAAUCAAAAAGGGUCUUGCAAGCUUCUCUUGUCAGACACUCAUACUCACCAGGGAGACUCCCCAAGGUUUCACUUCAUCUAUAAGAAAUGGAUACAUACUACUUUUACAAUUAAAGAAGGGGAUAUAUCUGGAUCAUUUAUUUUGAAAGGUAGGAGUUAUUCACGGACUGAUGACACAGGUACUCGUAGUAUUAAAGCGGCAAAGUACUCCAUAGCUCUUCAAUAUCUGGUCUUUGAUGGACUUAUCAAUGAUCAAGUAGAAUAUAAAUCUACCUCCUCAACCAGCAGAACUGAUUGAUACCUAUAGGCUAUAACUGUAUCGUAUCAUAUAGGAUUCCCUUCAAUUUAACAGCUAUACUCAAUCCUAGAAUGAACCUUGGUUUUGCCUGCAUCAUAGGUGAAACUCUACCAAUCUCAGGUUUCAAGUAGGGAUUUUAAAUGAAUUUGAGGAUUUAUAUCUUACACCACAUUUCUCUGAUUUUGAUUCAAAGUUAUAGUUGCUGUAGCACCAGGUAUAUAAAAGGUGGCAAUGCUUUUUCUGAAGCCGUAGUUAGCUAGUAAUCGGAUUAGUGUUUGUGAUUAAGUUUUGCAUUAGAAAACCCUAUACAUGUAUACUGUAUUUAGCCCCAAAAGUUUGGGGGUUUUCCAAUUGAUUUAGAAUUUGAUCACCAGCACAAAACCCAAAAUUUGGUUUUGUGAGACAUCAGUUAGUUUUAAUCCCUGAAAAAGGGAACAUUUGGUUUUGGUCUUCAUCAUCUUGGUGUUAGUUCUUGUAAUAUUUGGUCUAUGUUAAAUCAAUACUCAUAAUAUGUAAACUAUAUUGAUUCUUUUAUUUUUGCUUGAAGGAUUUUAUUGAUCAGUCUUUAAAAUAUGAGAUCAAUUUUAUUUGAGGGACUAGUACACCAUGAACCAGAUAUUUUGACCUGUCUAAUUAACUAU